AUGUCGUCGACCGACCAAGAAGACACGGAAGCGCCUGGCCAUGCGCUGCACGACGCCGUUGCCGCCACCGCCGCCGAUGAUGACGGUUCGUCCCUAGAGGCUGCCAUCGAGAGCGAGGAGAAUAAGCUUGUGUCGAUGCGCUUCCCCGGCCUCCGGCGGGAGUUUUACGCAUCCAUUGAGGCGCAGAGGGGAGAGCUUGAGGCCAUGAUCUCCCGCUUGCUGCCGGUUUCAUCGUGCAGCGUCGCUCCCUCGUGUUACUGGCGUUCUGGGAGCUUCAACGUCGCCAUCCCAGUCCGGCUGCUCCCGCGCGGUGAAAAGGUGUACCUGCGCCUUCCGCUGACGCAUCGCAUCGGCGAGGGCCACUUCCCCGGCAAUGCGGAAGAGAAGCUGCGAACCGAAAUUGCAACAUAUCUCUGGCUGCAGGAGCACUGCCCAGACGUGCCGAUUCCUACAUUGCACGCUUUUGGUCUUCCUGACGGCUCCGUCUUCACAUCUCCCGAGUAUGCUCCCUGGUGGCGUCGAACGUGGCGGCAGUUCCAUCGCAUCGUGGCUCAAGCUCUCGGUCGCCCUGGUCCCAUCAGACACGUGCGGCAUCCGAUCCAGCACGCCCUCAGCCCUGGGUUUCUUCUCAUCAGCGAGGCCCAGGGGACGAGCCUCGCACUGUCCUGGAACAAGCAUUACCAGGACGAGAGAUAUAAGGCGAACCUGUUCCGCGACCUGGCACGCAUCAAGCUGUCGAUGAAUGCCAUCCCACAGCCACGUAUCGGGGCGCUAUCGCUUCAGCGAGACACCAUCUCACUGAGCAACAGGCCACUGAACCUGUAUAUGCACAUGCUGGAGAAUGAUGGGGUCUGGUCGCAGAUUCCUCGCGAGCGGACGUAUCUCGAAGUGGAACCAUACCUGGCAGACCUGCUGACGCUUCAGGAUGCCAAGCUCCGGGGACAACCGAACGCGGUAUUCGAUGCCAAAGACGGCCAGGCGCAGAUGGCAGCUCUCACCGCACUGCGUGCCACGUCGCACCAUUUUGUUGAUGCGGGUUUGCGGCAAGGCCCUUUCUUCCUCACCCUUACCGACCUACAUCAAAGCAACAUCUUCGUCGACGAGCAGUGGAACGUCAAGUGCAUCAUCGACCUCGAGUGGACGCACAGCCUGCCGGCACAGAUGCAAACCCCGCCUUACCGGAUCACGUCACGCGCUGUUGACGGGUUCAAGGAGGCUGCACACCUCGACGAGUACGAGGAGACCCUGGAAGAGUACCUGGCCGUGUACGCGGAUGAAGAACGAAGGCGACAUGGUUCGACGAGGCAGGCCGAGUUACAGCUGAAAACAUGGCGUAACGGAGGUUUUUGGUUCUUCCACGCCGCAAUGAUACCAAAAGGCAUGUAUAAUCUGUUCAACGGACACAUCCAGCCCAUGUACAACGCGGACCAUCCCCAAAUGGCGAUUUUUGACGACGUUUUCUUUUGGUAUUGGGGCCGACAGGCAUCGACUUUCAUUGAUAGAAAGCUGGAGGAUACAGAUAUAUAUAUAGAUGAGCUUAGAAAGGCGCACCGUGGAGGGCAGGGGUGCGUCUGA